GAAUUAUUCGCAUGGACCUCACGCUGCUCCUUGGUGUGGAUGGCGGCGGCGAUGACGGCAACGUCCAGAUGAAGUACGAGCGCAUGCAAGUGGUGCUGGAGGCAAUCAAUCAACCUGCCUUUGCCUUUGAUGACGCCGACGUCCCAACCUACAUGCACAUCGUCACUGCUCACGUCAUUCGCACAUUACCAUCCCCUCCAUCGUCCUACGAUCCAGAUGAGGAUCGGCCCACGUACAAUCCGCAUUGGGACUUUCUCGAGUCUGUCUACACGUUACUCGUCCACAUCGUGGACGCCCCGAUUCCUCCGCGACUGAUCAAGGCGCACAUCACGCCGUCGUUCGUGUCGGACCUUCUUGGCGUCAUCCAGAGCCAAGACCCGCGGGAACGCGUGAUGGUUGCGACCGUCCUGCACAAUAUCUACGCCAAGUUCAAGAGUCUGCGCCUGCACAUCCACCAGCAGUUUGUCCACGUGUUGAUGCAGUACAUCGAGUACGGUGGGAUGGGGUACCCCUAUGGCAUCCCCGACCUGUUGGAAGUGCUAAGCAGCAUCAUCCGGGGAUUUACGACGCCGUUGCAGCCCGAUCACGUCACACUGCUCAUGAAAACGCUGCUCCCGCUGGCAAAGCACGCGCUUGUGCAUUACCACCAACCGCUGUUGCUCUGCAUAACGGAUUUCGUCGCCAAAGCCCCGACCUUGUCGUCGGCGGUCGUCGAGUACCUACUCACCCACUGGCCCCACCAAUCCACUGCCAAACAGAUUCUGUACCUCAAUGCACUGGAAGAAGUGCUUGAGAUUACCCCCGUGGACUGCUUACCUCAACCCACCAAGGCCAAAAUCACUGCGCUAUUGGCCAAAUGCAUCGAGUGUGUCCAUUUCCAAGUCGCCGAACGCACGCUCUUCCUAUGGAACUCGACGCAACUCAUCAAUCACUCCAUCUUUAACCCAAGACAUACCAGGCAGGUGCUCCCGAUUUUAUUUCCGUCGCUUAUGGCUGCCUUCAAGACACACUGGCAUGCCACAGUUCGAAUGUUGGCCCAUGAUGUCCUGGAAAUGUACACAAAGCGCGACAACCCAACGUACCAGACCUGUCUCUACGAGUACAAGCAGCAACGUGAUCACCCCGCGACGACAUCGAGCUAUUGCAGUUAUACUCGAAUAAACUAUUUUUAAUUAUAUAUACACACACGUGUGACG